UGCUCACACAUCCUGCUGCUGCUUCUUCUUCUCUCCUGUCUGCUAGUCUUUCCUGCUAUCUAGAUUUGCUCCUUUAAUCUCGCUGUUUCUUCUCCUUUUGGGAUGAGGGGCUGUAAGGCUGGACGGGUCUGUGCUCGGAUGCUUCGCUGAGACCUGUCCGUAUCUUUCUCUUUCCCUUUUCCAUCCCUCUAUCUCUGUCAGCUGCGAGAACUCACGUUAAGGUGUGUCCUGGCCCUCGGCCCGCUCUGUGGAUGUCUGUCACCAUGGCGAAGUUUGAGACCGGACGCACAAGCCCAGUGGUGCGCCAGAUAGACAAGCAGUUCCUGGUGUGUAGUAUCUGUCUGGAUCACUACCACAACCCUAAAGUACUGCCCUGCCUGCACACCUUCUGCGAAAGGUGCCUGCAGAACUACAUUCCCUCUCAGUCUUUGACACUGUCCUGCCCGGUGUGCAGACAGACCUCCAUCUUGCCCGAGAAAGGUGUGGCGGCACUACAGAACAACUUCUUCAUCACAAACCUCAUGGAGGUGCUGCAGAGAGACCCAGAAUGUUCUCGGCCGGAGGCCUGUAGCGUGCUGGAGCCCGCUGGGAAACCGCUCUCCUGUCCCAAUCACGAGGGCAAAGUGAUGGAGUUUUACUGCGAGUCGUGUGAGACGGCCAUGUGCCUGGACUGCACAGAGGGGGAACACAGGGAGCAUGUGACCGUUCCACUGCGGGAUGUUCUAGAACAGCACAAAGCAGUGCUAAAGAAUCAGCUGGAUGCUAUACGCAACAGGCUGCCCCAACUAACAGCGGCCAUUGAGCUGGUGAAUGAAAUCUCUAAACAGCUGAUCGAGAGGAAGAACGAAGCAGUCAAUGAGAUCAACAUGACAUUUGAGGAGCUCGAGAAGGCAUUGCACCAACGCCAGGCUGCGCUCAUCACCGACCUGGAGAACAUUUGUAGCACCAAGCAGAAGGUGCUUCAGGCACAGUUAUCCUGUCUUCUGCAGGGAAAAGAGCACAUCCAGAACAGCUGCAGUUUCACUGAGCAGGCCCUGAACCACGGCAGCGCCACCGAAGUCCUGCUGGUCCAAAAGCAGAUGAGUGAGCGGGUGAGCGCCCUAGCCUGCCACGACUUCCCUGAACGGCCGCACGAGAACGCCCACUUGGACUGCCAGAUAGAGACUGAGGGUUUGCGACGCUCCAUCCAGAACCUGGGCGUCCUGCUGACGACGGGUGCCGUGGGACACACCAGUGUGGCAACGGGAGAAGGGCUCAGACAUGCCCUGGUCGGUCAGCACGUGACUGCAACUGUUACCACUAAGGAUAAGGACAGUGAUCUUGUGCGGACUGGUAACGCGGUCCUCCGUGGGGAGAUAACGGGGCAGGACGGAGUGCGGUCGGUGGAGGUGGAGGUCGUGGACAAUAAAAAUGGAACGUACGAGGUAGGGUACACGAUUAAGAGCGAAGGGGAGUACUCGUUCUCUUUGAUGCUUUAUGGACAGCCCGUGCGGGGCAGCCCGUUCAGACUGCGGGCGAUAAAGCCGUCAGAUGUGCCCCAGUCUCCGGAUGAUGUGAAGAGGAGGGUUAAAUCUCCUAGCGGGACAGGAGGACACAUCAGGCAGAAAGCGGUACGGAGACCCUCCAGCAUGUACAGCACCACCAAAAAGAAGGAAAACCCCAUAGAGGAUGAGCUGAUUUACAGAGUGGGCUCUCGGGGGAGGGAGAAGGGAGAGUUCACUAAUCUACAGGGUAUCUCUGCUUCCACUAAUGGGAGGGUCAUUGUAGCGGACAGCAACAACCAGUGUAUACAGGUGUUUACUAAUGAUGGCCAGUUCAAAGCACGGUUUGGGGUCAGAGGUCGUUCCCCAGGACAACUGCAGAGGCCGACAGGAGUGGCAGUCGACACGAAUGGAGACAUUAUAGUAGCUGAUUAUGAUAACAGAUGGAUCAGCAUCUUCUCCCCUGAUGGGAAAUUUAAGAAUAAGAUUGGUGCUGGCCGUCUGAUGGGACCCAAAGGAGUGGCUGUGGACAGGAACGGUCAUAUCAUCGCAGUGGAUAAUAAAGCUUGCUGUGUGUUCAUCUUUCAGUCUAAUGGCAAACUAGUGACCAAGUUUGGAGCCAGAGGCACCUCAGACAGACAGUUCGCAGAAAAAAGUGGUGUAAAGUUUGCACUGGAGCAAAAGUUUAGUAAAUCUGGCCCUGGGUUCAGCCCGCACUUUGUUGCUGUCAACAACAAGAAUGAAAUUGUGGUGACAGACUUUCAUAACCACUCCGUCAAGGUCUACAGUGCAGAUGGAGAGUUUUUGUUUAAAUUUGGGUCCCAUGGAGAGGGAAACGGCCAAUUUAAUGCACCCACAGGGGUCGCUGUUGAUGUUAACGGCAACAUCAUCGUAGCAGACUGGGGCAACAGCAGAAUACAGGUGUUUGAUAGCUCAGGCUCAUUUCUCUCCUACAUCAACACAACUGCUGACCCACUGUAUGGGCCGCAGGGUCUCGCUUUAACCUCCGACGGCCAUGUUGUGGUGGCCGAUUCUGGUAACCACUGCUUCAAAGUCUACCGGUACCUGCAGUAACGCCUCAGGCACUGCCACGGGGUGACACAAACUCUCCUGCAACUUCGGUUCAUCACAGUUUGCAUAGUCAUAUCACCGAAAUCCUCAGCCAAACCAGAAAGGAAGAAUCGAAGGAACAAAAAGCACUUUUCUUUAAUCUUCUACUGAUUUUCAUGUUCCAAAACAAAGAACUACUUCUGUACUAAACCAGGAAUGUUGAUUGUAAAUAAUAGAAACCAUAUCAAUAAGCACAGAUUCUUAUUAGAAAUCAUGUAAGUCGUGUAUAAAAAAAAAAGUGUGUGUAUGU